ACUCACCCACAAGAUGAUGGAGCUGCUGACUGGAGAGGUUCCUGUAAGGUGUCAGGAUGUUGCGGUCUAUUUCUCCAUGGAGGAGUGGGAGUAUGUAGAAGGACACCAGGAUCUGUACAAGGAGGCUAUAAUGGAGGCUCCCCGACCUCUGACAUCACCAGCUAAGAAGAGACGAGAAAAUUCCAAUAAGGACUCUGAGGAAAACUUCAUGUUAUCAGUAGAUUAUAAAGUAGAAGAUGAAACUAUCAGGGCGCGCUCUUCACGAGAAAACCUCAUAAAUGUAUCACUAGAUUAUAAAGUAGAAGAUGAAGAUAUCGGGCAGCGCUCUUCAGGAGAAAACCUCAUUGCCUAUAAUGUCCAUCCAGGACUUCACAGUGCAGAUCUAUCAUAUGAUCUGCUCGAACACGAGGAACCUUCUGCUGACCAAUCACAGAUUGCAACCACAAGUACUGGCCAGAAAGAGGCUAAAAGAUAUCAGUGUGGGGAAUGUGGAAAACAGUUUACACAACGCUCAGGUCUUUAUACCCACAGAAGAAUUCACACAGGAGAGAAGCCAUAUUCAUGUUCAAUAUGUGGAAAAUGUUUUGCAUAUAAAUCGCUAGUUGUGAAGCAUGAGAGAAUACACACAGGAGAGAAGCCCUAUUCAUGCCCAGAAUGUGGGAAAUGUUUUACGACUAAAUCAGAUCUUGUUAAACAUCACAGGCGUCACACAGGAGAGAAGCCAUAUUCAUGCAGAGAGUGUGAUAAAUGUUUUAUUACUAAAGACAUCCUCAAGGUUCAUCAGAGAAGUCACACAGGAGAGAAACCAUUUAAAUGUUCGCUAUGUGGGAAAUGUUUUGCAGAUAAAUCCGGUCUUUCCAAACAUCAGCUAUAUCACACAGGAGAGAAACCAUUUUCAUGUUCAGAAUGUGGGAAGGGUUUUACAAGUAAAUCAGAUCUUGUUAAACAUGAGAGAAUUCACACAGGAGUGAAGCCAUAUGUAUGUAUGGAAUGUAGUAAAGGUUUUACAUGUAAAUCAGAUCUUAUUAAGCAUGAAAGAACUCACACAGGAGAGAAGCCGUAUUCAUGUUUUAAGUGCGGGAAAAGUUUCAAAACUAUAUCAGAUCUUGGUAAACAUGAGAGGACUCACAAAGCAUAGCCGUAUUUAUCUUCAGAAUGUGGAAAAUGGUUUAUUACUAAAGACAAACUCAAACAACAUUAACACAGGAGAAAAAGUUACAUGUACAGUGUAAAAUCUUUACCUUCUAAAGCCACCCUCAAGGUUCACUAGAGAAAUCAAACAGGAGAGAAGCCGUAUUCAUGUGCAGAAUGUGGAAAAUGUUAUAUAUAAAUCACAGCUUGCUAAGCAUGAGAGAAGUCACACAGGAGAGAAGCCGUAAUCAUGUUCAGAAUGUGAGAAAUGUUUUAUUUAUAAAGACAACCUGAAGGUUUAUCAAAGAAGUCACACAGGAGAGAACCCAUAGUCAUGUUUACUGUUGAUAUAUUACUUCUAUUUAUAUAUUUAUCUGUAGAACAUUUUCUUGUUACACAUUAGUGAAUUCACCCUGGGGCAAAACAAUUUGAGAUUUUUUUUAUGUGGAAAAUGCUUUAUAAGAAAGUCACAUUUUAAAACUACUCAGAGUUCACAAAAAAAAAAACAUACUAUUGUUUGGAAGAAGAGAAAGGUUGGCAGAAUUUUUUAUUUUUUUUAGCCGCUCAGGUUAUUCACAGAUAUUAAAUGGACAGUGUUUUGGAUGGAAUUAGCCUGGAUCUGCCAAAUACCCAAAUGAUAUUUCCCUGAAGUCAACAGUGAUCGGGAUCUGUGGAGGAAAAGAAUUGUGGAUAUGAGGAAGAGAAGAAGAGUUGCCUGUCAGAGCAGUGAAGAUGAAGCCCCCAUGAACCUUGCUUCUUCUUACUAUAUUCAUACUUCCACCCACACUGCAGGGAAUCCAGAUGACACCGUAAAGGAGGAAGGACCUCCCAUGUGGACAUAUCGAUAUUUGAUCUUAAUUCAUACAGUAUAUAAAGAUAAAGGUGAUGGAAGUGAGGAAAAACAAGACUCGAUUGGAAUUCAUACUAAUCUGUUAAACCAAGGAAAAAAUCUGACAUUUUCUUCUAUGACUUGAAAACCUCUUUGGCAAAAAACUCCAGCAGGCAUUUAUUAUAGGGUCUCAUCCACACUUGUGUACUCUGGUCAGUAUCUUCUAUCAGGAUUUGUCAGAUAAAACUAGGAGCACCUCUAGAACAUGGAAGACGUGUAAAUCCUUCCAUUCUGCUUUUCUUCAUUAUGUUCUGAUUCCAGGAUUCUCUUACAGUUUCUGAUACAGGAUUCUGACCGAGCUGCUCAAGUGUGAAUGAGGCCCCACCGUCUGCUGGUCUCUUAUAUGGGAGGUUUUAUACAAAGACCUGAGGGUAGAAUCGGGUGCUCCAUAAAGUGUAACUGUCAUGAGAAUUUUUUAAACAUUUUAACAUUUUUGUAAUAUACUUUAUUAAGGAAAUGUGUCUUUUUUUUAAACUUUUUAGAUAUUUAUUGAUUCCAUACAAGUAUUCAUUUACAGAAUACAUACCGUAUAUCAAUCAGAAUCCACGCAGGGAUCACGAGGAAUUAAAAUUUUACUUUUUCAGUACCACACCAAAUAAUAACCAUCAGAAUAAACAUAAUUUGAAAACCUAGGCUAACAUAAUGUGUAUUAAGGUGUGUCGGCAAGACUACCCGAUCAGAGGAGUUGGUUACAUUCAUCGAGGCAGAGACUAUUCAAGAUUUGGCGAAUUUAUCUCACAAAUCCCAUGUUUGUGCCAAUUUGGCCUGUGAGUUUUUUCUUUUAAGUGAAGAGCUUCUCUAGGUCAUAAUUAAAUUGAACAUUGGAGAUCAGUUCUCGUAUCCUCGGUGGUGAAUUGGACUUCCAGAACCUCGCAAUCAUUGCCCUAGCUGCUAAGAUGACCCAACCACAGCCUGUCCGCAGAAGGCCCACAAAACACAGGGCCAGGGAUGGGGAAACAGGAAUGUUAUAUCCUGUGAAGAAGGAGGAAGACUGCCUUCCAGAAGGUGGAGACCGGGGGGCCGUCCCACCAUGUUUGUAUGUGCCGAUGAGACCGAAAUGUGUGUCUUUUUAUCAGCAGAUAUCCGUAUCACUCUUAACACAUUGCCCUAAUAAAGUAUAUUACAAAUCUCUUUCCCUACAAGAUAUAAACAAAUUAAGUGUUGUGGCCACAGAGCAGCCAAGGUCUAGUUUUACCUUCUGUGACCAUCCGUCUGGUUUCUGUUAUGCAGGCCAUAGAGUUCUAUUAUGACGAAAUGCAAAACGGAACGCCUCUUAAAGGCAUUCUAUUUUGCAUUCAGUCAGAAUUCCAGGGAAACGUAAUCCAUAAUGGAAUUGUAAUAAAACCCGAGCUCGAACGCUGCCUGAUAAGCUGUUGGGAAUUUGCAGCGCUCACCAGAGUUCUGUUGAGCUCGGCGGCUCCCUAAAGCAGCUUAUCGGUGGGUGUGCCGGGUGUCGGACCCCCGUCCAUGUGAUAAUGAUGACCUAUCUUGAGAAUAGCUCAUGAUUAAAAUUUCCUGGAUAAACCCUUUAAGGCUACAUGCACAUGAUGCAGAUUCUUGUGCAGAAAAAUCAUACAGAACCGGCAGUGUACGAUAUUAGACAAAUCUCAUGUACACGUUGCUUUUUCCUUCCGUGUGGAAAUAGAUUCUGAAAUCCGCAGCAUGUCAAUUAUGGUCACGUUUUUUUUUUGGGGAUUUCACUCUCUCCAAAGGAAGGGUAUAAACUGCAGCAAAAUCUCAUCAAAUCCACAAAAAACGCAAGUAAAACAUGCGAUUUAGAUGCAGAAACACAGAAAUCCACAUGUAAAUUUAUGGGAUUUUCUGCAUGUUCGCCCGCACCUGUGUGCAGGUGGCCUAACUAUCGGUGAAACCACACUGAUUUGUGGUAAAGCUUCAUGUCAUGUUCACAGGUUUGGCCGCACUUCAGCCGCGUCGUGCCUACACGACGUGAAUCCAGA